AUGUAUAAUAAUACAAGUCCAAUGAGACAUUAGGUCAUACAAGGCCCUCCAAAUAAGUCAGUAUCUCCAGUGUCAAAGUUUCAAGUCAUGGGAAAUCUUUAACCUCCUCCCGGGAUGAAAACAGUCCUCAAACCAAAAAUCUAUGAAGUAGUUGAAGUGCCUCUUAAUCAUUACACUUCGGUGCCAACUUUCCAGACGCCUCAAUAAUUGCAAUACGAUCAGGAGUUACAAAGGAAGAUUAGACAAUUGGAAUAGGAAUCCUUUAUUUGUAGAUAGAAAAUUGAGUAGGAUCAAAAAAAUGAUAAAUUUUAACAGCUUAAUGAAAAAAUCAGACAACAGCAAUAAGAAAUUGAAAGACUCAAAUCAACCAAUGAUCCAAACCUCAGACUGCUGAAAGAAUAAUGCGAUUAUUAUUUUAAUCAAUCACAAUAGGCUGAGUUGGAGAAAAAUGUAAUUAUCAUAUAUUCAUUGAUAUCAUUUAGGAGUUGAUACUUAGACUCAAAUAAAAUGAAUAGCAGAUGCAAAAGAUCUAGCAAUAGUAAUUUCAUAAUAACGAUAAGGAUACAAAGUACAAUUAAUUACUCAGUGAGUACGAAUAAUUAAAACAGAAGUAUCAAAUUCUUGAAACUUAAUCACAAUAAUAGAUAGAUCAAUAAAAAAAUGAAUAUGACAGAAUUUACAAUUAACAUUUCUCUUAAAUUAAAUAAAAGUUAAAUAUCCUUAUUAUUCCAUAGUUCUGAAAUAAGAAGUAAAUAAUUUGAUGAUUAGAUUAUGAAAUUAUAAGAGGAAUUGGACAAUGCAAUAAAUGAAGCUGAAGUUUGGCGAUAAAAAUAUCAUAAAGAAGAGCUGAAUCAAAUGAAUCAUAAUAAACGUAUUAACGAGUUGGAAUUGAGCAGUUUUCAUUAGAUUAAAGAGAUUGAAAGAUUGUAAUAAUAAAUUGCAAUGAAAUAAUAAGAAAACGAUUCUUUUCAAUAGAAAAUCAAUUACUUAGAAUUCAAUUAUCAACAAAUUUCAUCCUAAGGCUUAGAUAGUGAAGUCAAGAGACUCAAAGAACAAUUAGACUUUAGAUAAAGGGAAAUAGAAGACUUAAAGAAAAGGAACAAUGAAAUUGAGUAGAAUGUACUUAAGUUAAAGGAUCAUGAAAUUCAAAUGGAAAUUAUUAAGCAGAGAGUAAUGAUGUACCAUUAAAUAAUAGAAUUAAUCAUUUGAAAGUUAAUUGUAGGAAUCUGACAGAUUCAAACAUCAAUACGCAUCUUAACUCAUUGAAUUGGAUGAAUUACGCAAUAAAUAAAUUAGAUUAGAGAAUUGUGUUAAUGAUUUGAGAAGGAAUGAAUAUAGACAACAAGCUGAAAUUAAUAGAUUGAAUGAUCUAAUAAGAGUCAAGGAUGAAGAAAUCAAUAAAGUGUAAAUUGAAUACAAAAAAAAUAUGGCUCAAAUGACUUAACAAAUGAAUUCCUUUAGGUCUUUAUUGUAAUCAAAUAAUACAUAUAAUAUAGUGAACGUGACAUUGAUACAUUAAAUUUGAAUAGAAACAGAUAGGAUAUGGAGAAUAAAGAAAUGAUAGAUCAAAGAAUCCAACAAUUAUGUGAGGAAUUGAAUAUGAUCAAAAAAGAUAGGGAACAAUUAUAAAUGGCUUGUUCUUAAUUAACAUAGACUAAACUGGGAUUAGAAAAUCGAAUCAUUGUUUUGUAAGGAGAAAUAGAUAGAUUAAAUUAAUUAGUUAAAACACAAAACAAUGAAAUAAAUCAUCAUUUAUAGACUCUAGAGUUGUAGAAUGAUUAAAUUGAAUAAUUUAGAUAGUAAAAUGAAAUUUACAAAAAAGAGAUGGAUGUAAUCAAUUUAUAUAAAAGUAGCUUUUCAAAACUAACUCUAAUUCAAAUUUCUUUUUAUCUGGUUCAUAGAAAAAGUUCGAUUUCAUUCCUAAUCAGCAUUCAGACUCUAAUUGGAAUUGA